CCAACCUCAAUGAUCACAAAGUGGAGAUUUGCCUCCGGGUGUUCAGAAAGCCAAGAAGCAUCACUGGCUCAGGACAAGCAGCUGGGUCAUCUUCCUGAUCCCAAACAGUUGUGAUGAGGGAGGCCGGCCACCACCAGCGGCUGGUGCAUGGCUGGAUGGGUGUUCCCUAUGUGCACGUGGUGUGAGGUGUGGGGUCCAGCGUGGAGGGGGACACAGGAUUUGAGCUGUGGGUUCGCCUUUGAGAUCAGGCAGUUGAGCUGCAGCCUUAGGUCUGUAGGCAGGUGAUGGUGAGCGUGGUGAUGCCUCCUCCCAGACACCGCUCUGGCAGCUGUUCGUUGGAGGUGGAGAUGAGGGUGGGAAAAGCAUGGUUUCAGCCAAGAGAUGAAAUGCGCAGUAACUGUGGCAGGAAGGAGUGAGCCAGGGAGCUGCUUUUCUUCCAGGGAAGAAACCAGACAGGCUCCUGGAUGAUGACUUUGUUAAUCAUGAUUUACACUUAGAAGGGAAGGGAAGGCAAAGCAGGGCAUCUAAUCCUGGCAGGGGAAUUCUUGGUCUCUGAGAGGGACAUGUCCUGCUGCAGAGCCAUCAGCCGGAUAAGGGCAGGAUCUCCAGCAGAUCCUGCCAGGGACAUGCGCAGACUAAAUGUGUGUGGUACCUAGGAGCUUGCCUGUGCUGGCACAGGGGAAGUGGGACUAUUCCCGGUAGGGGAUGCCACAAGGAGGACCGUGGGCUCUCUGGCCCACCUAGAGCACCUUUACCUGCCAGUCCUGGGAUGGCAUAGAAUCAUAGAAUCACCAGGUUGGAUCAUCGAGUCCAACCAUUUCUAUCUGCCACCAAACCAUGUCUCCCCAUGCCUUCUCUCUGCUUGGAAGGGGAAAGCAACUAGGAGAAGAUGAUCCCCUUCUCCAUAGUUGCAGGCUGGCUCCUUGCCUGGGCUGUAGCUCUCUCUGCUCACAUCUCGCUUUAUCGUAGAAUCAUAGAAUGUUUUGGGUUGGAAGGGACCUUAAAGAUCAUCAAUUUCCAAACUAUCCUCGUACACUCUUAGUUUUUCCAUCCUAAACGUGCCUUUUCUUGUUCCUUCAAGGAAACCUCUCUGCACAAGGCAUUCUUGGCCCCAAGUACAACCCAAGUCCCUGGCUGACCAUAGGUCCAGCCACAAGAGGCACGCAAGUCCCAGGCGCUGCUGAUCCAGGCUGACUUUGUUUCUCCUUGAGCAGGGAGGAUGUUUGCAGAGGCUGCUGCUCAGAGAGAAGCAGAGCUGAAGUAUCUCUGCAUUUCAAGGCUUGAACAACCUCUAUUGGCCUUGGCCGGGCCGGUAUCCCAGGCAGGUUGAGUAUUUGCUGAGCAGGGUGAAGUUUCUGAGCCCAUCCGACUUCUCAGCGCCUCUGAGUGAUGGAGCAGUGACACCACUGGCCUGGCUCCAACUUACCAUCUACAGCAAAAUAUUCCCAAAAUGAGACAAUACGACCAGUUCUCAUACUUGAAACUCAUUUGUUUAAAUAAAAGAAACACCAGAGAGUUCUGCUUCCUCCAAGACAUCUGGCACAUCUUCCCUGACCUCUAUUGAGACUUUGUCAAUGACUCUAAUUUCCACACCUUCCCACGGCAGGGAAUCUCCUCCCUGCUCCUUCUGUCUCUCUGCUGCAGCUCUUCCAAUGUCUUCUUGUCAUCCCACUGAUUAUAUUCUUCCUCUUCCACCUCUAUUUCUUCCUCCUGAAAUAAUCAUCUUCAUUUUUAUUUAAGCAGAGCUUCCCCCCACCCCAGUCCUUUAAAAGCUUCCUGGGUUUGAGGUUUCCUUCUUUGCCAUCUUGCAGAGUAGAUCAACUGCAGCUGCUUAAAUUAUGGGGCUUCAAUCUUGAUCUCUGUACUGUGGAUGGAAAAAAAAGGAAGGGCUUUCCAUCAGUUUUGUGUUAAAUCAGUGACUUUUAUUAAAAGAAGGCUUGUUCCGUGAGCAACUUGUCUGGAUUUAAAGAGAGGAACAUAAAUGCCAUGAUGAAGCAAGACAGAACUUGAACAAAUGGCUUGGGCAGCACCCCUUGAAAUGUUCUUUGUCCGGGUUUGGAAAAGGAAGAAAAUAUCAUUUUUGGGUGAUUUUUUUUCCCCACAGGCAGGGCUGUUUUGGGGCUGCAUGCGAGAUGUAAGCCAUAACCUACAGCUCUGUGCAGCAAUCGGGAGGUGAUACCAGGACAGAGAUCCACACCGAGAGCUUGCAGAGGGCAGGAAUGGUUGGGUUUCCUCCUGUCGUGCCUGUCUUGCUGUGUCCUGGGUAGACUAAGGCUUUGCCUGCGCUUUCUGCCACCCCAGUCCAGGAAAAUGAAGUUUGGAUCAAGGUCCUCAUUAAGGACCAGGCGCAGUGCUGGAGUCAGGUUUCCAUGGUGACCGUGGGAUGCUGCGGAUGGGUUUGGUACUUUGCUCGGGCUCUCCAGCCCUGAGAAACACUGUGCGUCGCUGGGUAGAAGCAUCUUUGAAUCCUGGUGGGAGCAGAGUCAUUUCCUGGCUUUUAUCACACCCUUCAGCUAUCCCAGAGAGGAGAAAAGAGGUGAGAUGCUCCUGCCCAGUGCCUCUGAAUGUGUUGUACAGCGAUGCCAUGUGAAAAUGUCAAAGCUGAAGUCGUACUGUAAGCAUCCUCCUUACAUCCUUGAGUCAACCUCUGGAUCCUUUCUGGACCAGGAACCAGGAUGGGAGCCUCGUGCCCCAAAAAAAAAUGCCUUUUUUGAAGGCAGGAGUGGUACUCAUGGGAUGUAGAGACUGGAGCAAGCUGGGAACCUGAUGGGGCCACGGAACUUUAGGGAGAGUUGCCUCUAAUCCCCAGGGAGAGGCAGACACACAUGGGCUGAGGAGGGAUGCUGGCACACAGAGGAUCUGUCAUAGGGAAGAGAGGCCAGAGCACCAUUCUGGAUAACUUCAUCUUAUUUGCCUGCUUUGCAAAACAAAUUACCAGACCUGUUCUUGGAGAGCUGUACCUAUCUUUGAAGCAUCCUUGGCCUUCGUUUCAUCAUCCCGAACAGCAUUAAAUGCUUGUUGGGGAGGCAUCUUAUCAGGCGCAUCUACUUGGAAAGGCUUGAAAGGCUCUUGUCACGCUUCUUUCCAUGUGUGCUUGGAAUUUAUAGCUCCCCAUUCUCUGGAGAAUUGCACCGAGCUGGGAAAUGUGUUAGAAAAGGAGACGGUGCCCCCAUCCUGAGCAGCGCUGGUAUUCGUGGGGCGGUUACACCUGUGGCACGGCUUUCUCCUGCCAGGGUGCUGCAGCCCGGCUGGGCACUGGCUCACCAGCAGGAUUGAUGCUGCUUUGCUGGUCCUGUAGGCAUAAAUGAUGUCUAAGUAGAAGGAGGAGGGGAAAGCCAAAUCAGCACAAAGGGGACCAUACUUGAGGCAGGAUCUGGUUUUCUUAGCUUCCAGGCCCAAAGCUGAUCAACCAAGCCCUGAUGCCUUGGGAUGAAUCUUCCUGCUUGACUCUUUGGGAGCUUCUCCAUGCUCAAACCAGAACAACGGCUGGACCUGGGAGGGGACAGGGCUGGCACAGUCACCCCCGGGACUGCUCAACAUCAAAGCUCCCCAGGGUGGUUUGCUGCCUUCAUCCCAGGUCAGCCGAGCGCAGGGAGAUGCAGAGCAGCGACUGUCACACCCCGUGUGCGGGACUGCAGCACAGGGACGGGGACACUUAGUGCACUCUGUGAGGCCAAGAGAAAGGUGGAGGCUCUGGAUUUGGCCGCAGUGGGGGUUCCAAGCCAGCUGCAUGCAUGCGGCAGCCGCGCAGCCGGUCCUCUGCAAACGGCGCAGUGCCCUUGCAGGAGCAGAAAGCCCUGGGCAAAGGUGUUUGGCUAUUAUAAAGGCUAGAAAAGAACUUGGCUUUGGAACCACGGCAGCCUGCCACUUCCCGCUAUCCAAGAGGCAUUGCAUCGAGUGAUCUCCAUGCACAAGGAAAACUGAAUGCUGUUGACAGUGAGCCAUGCAGACUCCCUACGGACAGUGCAAGCCAAGCCGGCUUUCUCACUGUCUCCCACGGCCCCCCCAGUUGUCAGCGUGAAACCAAGCUGGUGAAUAUUUCUGCUGAUGCACAGAAGAGAAAAUCCCAUUCUCUCCUCCUGGGGCAGCCUGGCAGGGCUAAUGGGAGGAAGAGGCUGUGACAACUUGAUUUUGUGGCUGAAGUCAGCAAAUCUGGCUCCCGGGACACAUGGGAACAGGCAGGGAGCAGGAGCCACUUUUGCGCAGUCACUUCUUGGAGGCGAGCAGGGCUUCAAAGGAAAAAUCCUUAGCAGGAUGUCGCAACUUGGGAGGAGGAGGAAAGAAAAAAAAACAAGCAAACAAAAAAACCCACAAGAUCUGUAGGGCUGGGAAAUGCAGCGUCAAGGGAUGAGGUUUUUCAGAAAGCCUUCGCUCGGCACUCGCGUCUCGUGGUGAGGCAGCAGCGCGAGCUGACGCUGGCGAUUCCUGAGGAUGUUCAAGCAACCUGCGGUACCUGGCGAAGCUGUCUUCAGUAGGGAGCAUCUCCGAGGAGGAGACCUGCGAGAAGCUGAAGGGCUUGAUCCAGCGCCAGGUGCAGAUGUGCAAGAGGAACCUAGAGGUGAUGGACUCAGUGCGGCGCGGAGCCCAGCUGGCCAUCGAGGAAUGCCAGUACCAGUUCCGCAACCGCCGCUGGAACUGCUCCACACUGGACACCCUGCCUGUCUUCGGCAAGGUGGUAACGCAAGGGACGCGGGAGGCAGCGUUCGUCUAUGCCAUCUCUUCGGCAGGGGUGGCCUUCGCCGUGACCCGAGCCUGCAGCAGCGGCGAGCUGGACAAGUGUGGAUGUGACCGCACGGUGCAGGGGGGCAGCCCACAGGGCUUCCAGUGGUCGGGCUGCUCCGAUAACAUCGCCUAUGGUGUGGCCUUUUCACAGUCCUUCGUCGACGUCCGCGAAAGGAGCAAAGGGGCUUCUUCUAACAGAGCAUUGAUGAACCUCCACAACAAUGAGGCAGGGAGGAAGGCAAUCCUGAACAACAUGCGGGUGGAGUGCAAGUGCCACGGCGUGUCGGGCUCGUGUGAGUUCAAGACGUGCUGGAAAGCCAUGCCCCCCUUCCGCAAAGUGGGCAAUGUCCUGAAGGAGAAAUUCGACGGCGCCACGGAGGUCGAACAGAGUGAGAUUGGAUCCACCAAAGUGCUGGUGCCGAAAAACUCCCAGUUCAAGCCACACACGGAUGAGGACCUCGUCUAUCUGGACUCCAGUCCUGACUUCUGUGACCACGACCUCAAGAACGGGGUGCUGGGCACCAGCGGCCGGCACUGCAACAAGACCUCCAAGGCUAUUGACGGCUGCGAGCUGAUGUGCUGCGGCCGGGGCUUUCAUACGGACGAGGUGGAGGUUGUGGAAAGGUGCAGUUGCAAAUUCCACUGGUGCUGCUCCGUCAAGUGCAAACCCUGCCAUCGAGUGGUGGAAAUCCACACCUGCCGGUGAUGCACAGCGGAGGGCAUCCAUCCGUCCCCCUCUCUAACUGACCCUGCUUCUCCCUUUGCCCACAGCCAGGACUGAGGAAGUAACCCAGACGCUGCAGGGAGAGCAAAGCUCCGUACAGAGACAGAGCCCCAGAGGAAAGCAGAUUUUAAAGAAAAAAAAAUAUUUAAAGUUUCAAAAAAUCGAUCA